AUGGAGCAACAGGAGGAGGCCAGUGGGGCUGGCGUGGAUGCAGGAAGGACAGGAGAGGAGCCUACAGAGACAGCAGAGGCUGAAAGCUCCACGGCCUUUUCCGAACUCCCAGACUGAGUGGGCAGCCUGGGCAGGUUCCAGGUUCUCCAGAUGGUGGCCCUGGUGGUCCCCAUCAUGUGGCUCACCACUCAGAAUAUGCUGGAGAAUUCCUCGGCCGCCAUGCCCAGCCACCGUGGACAACGGACACUGGACAACAGCACUACCCAGGCCAGUGUCCCCGGGGCCCUGGACCCUGAGGCCCUCCUGGCCGUCUCCAUCCCACCGGGCCCCAACCAGGAGCCCCACCAGUGUUUCUGCUUCUGCCAACCACAGUGGCAGCUCCUGGACCCCAAAGCCACGGCCACCAACUGGAGCGAGGCUGCCACGGAGCCAUGCGUGGACGGCUGGGUCUAUGACCGCAGCACCUCCACCAUCGUGGCCAAGGGGGGCCUGAUGUGUGACUCCGAGGCCCGGAAGCCCACGGCCCAGUCCAUCUACCUGGCCGGGAUCCUGGUGGGAGCUGCUGCGUGCCGCCGAGCCUCUGACGGGUUUGCGCUCAGGCUGGUGCUGACCUGGAGCUACUUUCCGAUGGCCGUCUGGGGCACGGCAGCCGCCUUCCCCCCCACCUUCCCCGUGUACUGCCUCUUCCGCUUCCUGGUGGCCUUCGCCGUGGCGGGCGUCAUGAUGAGCACCGGCACUCUCCUGAUGGAGUGGACAUCGGCGCAAGCCCGUGCCUUGGCAAUGACUUUGAAAGCCCUGGGCCUCAGCUUCGGCCAGGUCCUGAUGGCCGCAGUGGCCUACGGUGUGCACGACUGAGCGCUGCUGCGGCUGGCGGUCUCUGCCCCCUUCUUCCUCUGCUUCGUGUACUCCUGGUGGCUGGCAGGGUCAGCACGAUGGCUCCUCGUUACAGGCAGGCUGGAGAGGGGCCUGCGGGAGCGACAGAGGGCGGCUGCCGUCAACGGGAGAGCAGUGGGGGACGCACUGACCAUCGAGGUCUUGCUCUCAGCCACGCAGGAGGAGCUGAGUGUGGGCCAGGCUCCUGCCAGCCUGGGCACCCUGCUCCGCACGUCUGGACUGGGCCUCCGGACCUGUGUCUCCACCUUGUGCUGGUGUGCCUUUGGUUUCACCUUCUGCGACCUGGCCCAGGCCCUGCAGGCCCUAGGCAGCAACAUCUUCCUGCUCCACAUCCUCAUCGGGGAUGUUGACAUCCCAGCCAAGACAGGCACCCUGCUGUUGCUGAGCCGCCUGGGCCACCGGCCCACACAGGUGGCAUCCCUGGUGCUGGUGGGGUUCUGAAUCCUGGCCGACAUGCUGGUGCCCCACGAGGUGGGGGCCCUGUGUUCAGCCCUGGCCGUACUGGGGCUCGGUUGGGGUGCCGCCUUCACCUGCAUCACCAUCUACACUGGCGAGAUCUUCCCCACUGUGCUCAGGGUGACCGCAGUGGGCCUGGGCCAGAUGGCGGCCCGAGGGGGAGCCAUCCUGGGGCCUCUGGUCCGGCUGCGGGGUGUACACGGUGCCUCCCUACUGCUGCUGUACGGGGCAGCACCAGUGCUGGGCGACCUGGCUGCACGGCUGCUGCCCGAGACCCAGAGCUUGCCACUGCGCGACACUACCCAGCAUGUGUGGAGCCAGGCAGUAAAGAAGGCAACACACAGCACGCAGGGGCGUCUUGCUCUGAAAUCCACACGAUUUUAG